CACAUGCAUACAAAUCACAAUCACACAUAAAGGCCUCCUCACCUUUACCUCUCCACCUCCCACUUGGAAUUGAAUUUCCCCAUUCAAACAAACGCCUCUGAAAUCUCUGACCCCAUAGUUUACUCACAAAAUCUGCAUGUUUACGUCCUUUGCUUUCCACCGUCUCUCUCUCUCUCUCUCUCUCUCUCUCUAAAUGCUUCCCAAGGCCAACAGGAGAGAGAGAGAAUCCUAGGGCCCCUCUCCACCUCUCUCUCUCUCUCUGUUUUAUUUUUCAGUUUGUCAAGUUACUUUAAUUCAAUCAAACAAUCUACUGUAUUAUCCAAUUAAUUAAUUCACACCCCUUCCAAUAUUAUUUAUACACUCCCCCUACCUCCCUUUGUUUUUUGUGUUCCUUGAAAUCCUAGCAGCACGUCCAAAACCAAACGUCUCUCAAAAGCAGGGCAGAGGUUCUGCCAAAACAGAGUUAUAAAGAGAGAGAAACAGAGAGAAAACAUCAUGCAUAUGUUCUGAUCCAACUGCUCCCGUUUUGAAGCCAAAUCCAUUUCGAUUCUGUUCUUGUUUUGUUGGUUCGAGUCCAAAAAGGCCGACGAAAAUCUGCCAAAAGGGCUGGUCUUGUGUUGUUACAGUUCUGGUGCUCUGUGGUUUUAUACCUAAAAUCUCCCGUAUAGAUAUAUAUAUAUAUAUAUAUAUAUAUAUAUCUAUCUAUCUAUGAUGGCCAUUCAAGCGCAGCUAUACCCGGAUAGUUUUGGGUUUUCUUUGGGUGGUUCACAAAAUUGGAUGGAGAAUUCUUAUGGGUUCAAUGAGUUCUGUUUCAAUCUUCAACAGAAACAACAACAGCAGCUGGUGCAGAACCUUCAACAGAAAACCCAAAAUCCGUGCUGUGAAACCAUGGGGUUGCUUUCUAAAAACAACUUUUAUCAACAAUCCACGGCUUUUUCUCAGAGCACAGCUGCUCAGGUUGAGAAGCAGGGGCAACAGAUUGAUCGGUUCAUCAGUUUACAGAACGAGAGAUUGAGAUUGCUCUUGCAAGAGCAACGAAGGCAACAGAUGGCAUUACUUUUGAGGAAAUACGAAGAGAAAACAGUGGUUUUACUGAAGCAAAAAGAGGAAGAAAUAGCAAAAGCUAUGAACAGAACAAUGGAGCUUGAAGACUUCUUGAGAAAAGUUGAGAUUGAGAGCCAAACGUGGUACCGAUUGGCCACAGAAAACGAAGCGAUGGUGGCAAAUUUGAAUAACACAAUCGAACAGCUCAAAGAAAACGGGUGUUUCACCAAUGAGGUUGAAGAUACAGGGUCAUGCUUCAGAGGAGAGAGAGAUGAAGAAGCAGAGGAAAACAGAGGUCAGGGACUUGGGGAGAGAGAAAAUCAAGAAAAGACGGUCUGCAAAAGCUGCAAUUUUAGGAAUUCGUGUGUUGUAUUCCUACCCUGUAGGCACCUCUGUUCAUGCAAAGAUUGUCAAGUUUCUUUGGAUUCUUGCCCAGUCUGUGGGAUGGUAAAGAAAGCUAGCAUUGAGGCUCUGAUUUGAUCUUACCAAGAAAAAUCACAUAUUUUCCGGGAAAAUGUAGAGAAAGUGUUGGAUGGAUGGUGAAUGAACAAUACCCAUCUCAAUCAUGCAGUAUCUUUGUCAUUAUUUUAUUUAUUUUCCUAUUUGGGGUCUUCUGUUUUUAGAUUUGAUUCGUGUACUUUUUAGACGACUCCCCACUUGAACAGAAAUUACAGGACAAAAGCAUCUUUUCCUUUC